AUGGCGACCAAAUAUUCUUAUGAAGAGGUGAGCCUCGAGGAGCAGCAGCCGCAGCCCUCCAUCAAGCAGCGCCGCCUGUUUCUGCUGCGAUGCCUCUCGCCAAAGAGGCUGUUCAAGUUCUCAUUCACCCUGGUGGUGAUUGACCUGUCCAUCAUCGCGUUCCUCGUCUGGCUCGUCGGCCCAUUGAUCAUCCUCUUGACGCGAAACGACGAGCUCUUCGGGCCCCGGGCCAUGCCUGGCGGUUCUGUGUUGGGCAGUGAGGACUCGGACUCAGGCGAAUACGAGAUUCCACGGAUCCUGCACCAGACGACCCCGAACGACACCAUUCCGCAGAAAUGGAUCGACUCCCAGCGAAGCUGCCAGGAGGUCUACUCAAACUUCACAUACAUGCUCUGGACGGAUGAGUCCGCGCAUGAAUUUCUAGCCACCGAGUACCCUUGGUUCGUGGACCUCUGGGACAAUUAUGCAUUCCCCAUCCAGCGCGCAGACGCGAUCCGCUACUUCGUUCUCUACCACUUCGGAGGCAUUUACCUCGACAUGGACACCGUGUGCGUCAAGCAAUUCCCCAUUUUCGAGGUGAGCUCCGAGACGGAGCAUCGCGCGCUUUUCCAGUCGACAAAGCCCACGGGUGUCACGAACGACGUCAUGAUUUCGACCGCCAAGCAUCCCGCCCUCUACCAGGCCAUUUCCGAGCUGCCCUUCUACUACCGCUGGACGCGAUUCUGGGCCCGCCUCCAACCUUACAGCAAUAUCAUGUUCUCCUCCGGACCGAUGUUUAUUAGUUUGGUGAUAUCCGACUACCUCCGACACCUACCUGCCCGACCCUCGCCGACUUUCAACGUGGUGACCCCUCACCAGAUGUUGCCGUACAUCACCGACCUGGAGAGCAGCACCUGGCAUACUGGAGAUGCCCGCGUUCUGAUGUGGCUGGGUGAUCGGCCGUGGUCAUGGUACGGCCUGGCCGUCAUAGGCUGCGUGAUUGGAUUCGGGCUGGUCAAUCAUGGGCUGUCGUGGAUGUAUGGGUAUAUGUGCCGCAGGUCGAGGAUGGCGGCGUAUCCCGUCAAGCAGUCUAAUAAGUUGACCUGA